AAAACUGUAAAUCGUAUAACAAAGCCAGACGAAUUUCUCAAAUAAAUAAAUUGGUCGGAUAACUACUAAGGCCAACCAUACGAACAUCAGUUUUUCGCGAAAGCUCAACGAAAUCGCACACACAAAGCAGACAACAAAAAAUUAGUUAAUACCGCUCAACAACAACCUUAUAGCUGGUGUUCAAAUUUAAGUCAAAUUAAACGCCUGAGUUUUCUUUGAAGUUAAAAUGAAACGCUCAUUUUCAUGGAUUACCAUCACACUGCUCUUGGUCCUGUCGGCGGCCCUCAAUGUAAGAGCGGAUUUAUUUGAAUGUGAUGACAAGAUAUUGCCAUCUCUCUCAGAGAUACCUGGCAUUGGACCCAAAAUAGCCAGCUCCGAGGAUACCGGCGACAAAGUGAAGGGCGUCUUCAAGGAAUGGGGCUGUAAAUUUAAGAAAACUGCCAGCGAUUUUGGUGACAACGUCAAGGAGAAGACCAAACAGCUGGGCGAAGAUGUGCGAGAUGGUUUCAAAAAACUCACAGAAAAAUCCAAAGAGUUGCACACAAAAUUCGAAAGCAAGUUCCACGAUUUUAAGGAUCAUUUGAGCAAGGACUCGGCCGAAUUGGUCCCACAUAAGGAUAAGAAAUUCGUUUUGGAAAAUGUCGAAAUGAUAAAUCCCGAAAAAUUGAAAGCCGAUCAGGAAUGUGGCCAUGGGUUUAUAUUGGAUGUGUUGGGCAAUUGCAAACAAGUGAGGAAGUAGAAAAGAGAAAAAACCGAUUCGCUACAACAGAAAUGAAAUUAAUAUCAGAAAUUGCGUUGUUUUUUUUUCCAAAAAUAAAAGUGAAUAUGUGUGUGUUUUGUUUAUGUUGAAAAUUAGUUGUAUAUUUAAGUUUUUUUGUAUUUUAUAAUAAAGUUACGCUGUGAUUUGAA